AUGUUAUGCGACAGGGCGGGAGUGACAGAUUCAGCUCUCACAAAUCAUGGCAUGGCCCAAGCUCAGCGCCUGGCCAAGCAUAUCGCGUCCGAUGAAGUAUGCAACUCGUCGCAGAUCACCCACAUAUUUUCUUCAGACCUGCAGCGAGCAAGGGUAACUGCUGAAGGCAUUUGUGCGGCCUUGGUCGCGAAUCCAGGCAAGUCCCCCUGGAAGCCAAUAUUGGCCACAAGUUUGAGAGAGCGAGACUUCGGAAGCCUGGAAGGCGUACGCUCGAUAAGCGAUCAUGAGUUAAGCCAAUCGGAGCCUCGGCUGGACGACGGUUCUUCAAAAGGAUGGAAGAACUGUGAGUCGGACAUCUCAAUGAAGUCUCGAGUUGAGACCUUUUUCGAUGAGCAUCUUCAGUCAAUGUUAGACUUGGACGCCGAUGAUUAUGAGGGGAAUCAAGUCGUGAUAAUUGUUGCCCACGGUAUCAUACUUCGCGUCUUCUGGAAUUAUCUGCUGGGACUCUUUUAUCCGGAAAAUGUGGUCUUUGAUAUUCAGGACUAUUCCACCAAGCUCGAGGAAACCUUCAGACCAUCCUGGUCUAAUACUGGCUUUUUGGAUCUGCUCAUCAGCCCGUUAGGCCCAAAGUUAGAAGGUCUCCCACAGUUCACGUUAGGAGGUUGGCAGAUGAAAGUUCAAGCCUCGAAUUACACCAACCACCUGCAUGGUCUUCGACGCACCAAGGGUGGCAUCGGAAGUGCUGCACACGACAGAAAGCAAAAACAAAUCAAAGAUUUCUUUCGUUGA